UCCAGUCCACGACGCGAAGGCAUGUCCUCAGGAUGUCAGUGAGCAUCGCCGCCCAGGUGCUAGCCGAGGCGGCCGAGGCCAUGGGUUCGUAGCGGUUCGUAGUCCCGCCGGGCCCGAGUUGCGUCGUAGUGGAUGUGGUACUAGUCAGUGUCCGUGAAGCAUGCGUGGGUCUUGCUGGAGCCAGGCGGCCUCGCCAUGAUUACGUCCGUGACGGCGGCCGAGCGCCUCCUGCUGGCCGACGACGUCCACCGCGGCCACCGCGAUGUGGGUGAGGACGCCGCCCUGGAGUGCGACCGCCGGUCAGCCUUGUCGCCGCCGCCGUCCGACGACGAUGACGUCACUGUGGACGAGGACGACGACGCGAAGGUGUGGUGCUCGCCGUCACCGAGACACUGCGGGAACCUGCAGGUGACCUCCACGACGACGGAGCUCGGCGGCCGCGACGGCAGCGCCAGCGCGGCGUGCCCAGGAAGCCCCGAGGACCUGCGUCGCGACCGGAGAGACGUGCGCGAGCGCAGGAGUAAGGGCAGACUCUCGCCGUCGGCGUCCGGCGUCAUCUCCAGCACCAGCCCCAAGAACAACCACUUCUCCAUCGACAGCAUCCUGGGAAGGCGGGUGCUCAGCCCGAGUCGUGGCUGCUCUGACGGCUCCGAGGCCUCGGAAGCGUCCGCGGCAGACGUGGAGCCCUUCGGCGACUCCGGGGACGAGGCCGAGCUGGAUGCGGAGCUGGACGCGGAGCCUUUGCCGCGGCCUCGGACGCCGGCCGGACUCGCGCCGUCACCGCCGCCCACCCCUGGCGACGAGCAGCGGGGCGAGCUGUGGAGGGCCUUCCACGGCGCGGACGACGGGGAGCAGCAGCGCUUCGUGCGCCCCUCCCCGGUGCACGGGCUGCCCGCCCUGCCGGUGCCCGCCCUGCUGCGCAUGCACGGCAUGCAGCACCUCCACGGCCUCGGCCUGUCCGCCGGGCUGCCGCCGGGGUUGUCCGCGCUCGCCGACCUCAACAGCCUGGGGCUGGGGCUGUCGGCUGGGCUGCCCGCGGGGCUGUCCAUCCACGGCCUCGGAGCCCUGGGCGUGCACAUACGGGGACCGAGCCUGCCGCCCGACUCGGCCAGGCAGCUCUCGGACGCGGGUACGUCUGCGUAA